AUGAAGUUCUCCGCCGUUCUGUCUCUCGCCCUCGCCACCGCCGUCGCGGCCAUGCCCACCGAGGACCUGUCCAAGCGCCAGACCGUCACGAAGGGCAAGCAGACCCUCGUCUUCAAGGAGCAGGGUGGCGUGCCCGGAAACGAGUGCCUCACCUUCCGCAACAACGGCGAGAUCGUCAACGCUGCCUGCGUCAACACUGCCGCGGACAGACAGAUUACCCCCUCCACCAGGAACGGCAACAACGUCUUGCUCGUCCAGCGCACUUUCACCGCCGGCUUCCGUCCUGAUCUCGUUAACAAGGAGGUCUGCGUCGGCUUCAACGGCACUGCCAUCCGCGCUGAGGACUGCGCUGGCAAGAACAUCCAAUUUGUCUCUCAGUCGGGUAACACUCUCGUUGCCUCUGGGGGUGCCUGCUUGAACGGCCACGACAACGCGGCUCAGGUCACUGUCUCCGCCCAGGGCCAGGGCUGUGCUUCUUUCACCACCACCUCUGUCAAGGCCACUGCCCCGUAA